AUGCCCACCGUUAUCCCAAAUGCCCGCAUCGAGGCACUUCGUGUUCGUAAUCGGGCCAUAAUUAGCAUGUCUGUUAUCAUAACGGGAGGCUGGCUUCUCUUCCGCGCUCAGUCACCAAGCAAGAAUGAUAUCUUAUAUACGGAGCAUGACAAGAACAUGAUGAAUGGAGAGGGUGGACAUAGGGUGGCAAGAUCGCCAAUAACUGUCACCAGCGGCAAACACUGA